GACCGGAGAGCCGGGCUUGUCUGUAGCGGGCUGGGUGCGACUCAGCUUUGGAUGCUUGAAUCAGACGAGAUGAGCAGGCGGAAAAGCAUUGUCCACAAUGCGGAACUCUCCUGCUCAACAAGACCAUCUGAGCAGACUUUGGCACACUUCAGGCUUCACAAGUCUUUCUGUCGCCACACUUUCCUGCUGCUGCUUUGGCUGUGCCCUGACCUGCCUGCUGCCAGUCCCCACUUGAAACCAUCCCUGCCCCCAAUUGUGAAAGGCAGCCCUUUUCUAGUGGCUUGGAAUGCACCAACAGCUCGAUGCUCAGCCUCCUAUGGUGUGCCGCUCAACUUGGACUCCUAUAACAUCCUGGUGAAUUCUCAGGAAUCCUUUGUGGGUGGGAACAUCACCAUCUUCUACUAUGACCAGCUAGGCUUGUAUCCUUUCUACUUGAACUCAACUGUCCCACCCACUGCCAUCAAUGGUGGCUGCCCUCAGAACACCAGCCUGACAGAACACUUGGAGAAGAUGAGAGAGGACAUUGCUGUGGCCAUGCCUUCGGACUCUUUUUCAGGCCUCUCAGUGAUUGACUGGGAGAACUGGAGGCCCCUAUGGAUACGAAACUGGGACAAGAAAAACAUCUAUCGGAACAUGUCUCUUCAGCUUGUAAGGCAAAGGAACCCUGGCCUGUCUGAGGACAAGGUAGAAAUGAAGGCCAGGUGGGAAUUUGAGACAGCUGCAAAAGAUUUAAUGUCUGAGACUCUCCGGUUAGCCCGGUCUCUGCGCCCCAGUGGUUGGUGGGGCUACUACCUCUUUCCAGAGUGCUAUAACUACCACUACCUAGAUGACUUUGAGAGCUUCUCUGGGCACUGCCCCCCACUGGAGCUGCAACGUAACGAUGAGCUAAAAUGGCUGUGGGAACAGAGCAAAGCUCUUUACCCUUCAAUCUACAUGGAGGAGGUGCUGAGAAGCUCCAUGCAAGGGAAGAAGUUUGUGUGGGCCAAAGUGGGUGAAGCCCUGAGAGUGGCUGAGUUGCCGUCCUUCCAGCAUUCCCUGCCUGUCUUUGUAUAUGCCAGGCCGUUCUAUACCUACACACUGAAGGAGCUGACUCAGAUGGAUUUGGUGUACACAAUUGGGCAGGCUGCAGCCAUGGGGGCUCACGGCAUUGUACUUUGGGGAGAUGCAGACUAUUCUCGCAAUCGGACCAAUUGCUUGAAGAUUCAAGACUACCUGAUGAGCACCUUAGGCCCUUACAUAGUCAAUGUGACCAUGGCAGCCAAACUUUGCAGCCAGUUUAUCUGCAAUAACCAUGGCCGCUGCAUUCGCAGAAGGAUGGACUCUGAUACCUACCUGCACCUCAAUCCCCUUUCCUUCCAGAUCCGUGCAAAUACAGAUGGCAGUCAAACCCGGCUGUCAGUGACAGGGGCCUUAAGCCAUCUGCAGAAGAACAAGCUGAGGCAGGAAUUCACCUGUCAUUGCUACCAAGGCUGGAAGGGUGAAAACUGCCAUUCUCGGGGGAAGGGCAUGAGACUGUGGACAUGGGACUGGUGCAUUAUUGGGAUAGUUCCGUUGGCACUAUUGGUUUGGCAUUUGUGAGCCAUUUGGACCUGUUACUUUAUCAAUGUGAAUUUUGUGAAGCCAAUACUGUAAGGUGAAUUUCACUUCCUUUCACUAGGUGGAGAGAAGGGAAGAGUGCUACAAGUACGUUGUUUGGUGGCAGAAGUCUUGUUAAGUGUUCCAGCUGUGUGACUCCCCUAGGAUAUCUUCUCCUUUGGUGUCUCUCUGAGAAAGUGAAGUCAUCUGGGUUUUCCCAGUUUCAUCCAUAACCUAUGCAGGAUUCUAUUCCUCCAAUACACAAAAGAUUUUUGUUUAGUUUUGUAAGUAUCUUCACCAGCAUAGAAGCAGCUUUAAAAAAUUCAACAUGGUGCACAUUCUCCUAAACUGUGACAAGAACAGUAGUUUUCUAAUCCUUUUUUUAAAUGAAAAAAAAAUUAUCCAGCCAAGAUGUGAUAUUUAUAACAGUUUUAAAAAAUGAUGUGGUUACCUUUUACAGUAUCACAACGUAUUUAAGAAAAUUAUUUAUGCACAGAGCAAACCUUUCCUACUUGAACCAGUUAGGUGUCCUUCAACUGUGAUGUUUUAAAUGUAUGUGUAAACUACUUCAUUAUGAAAGGGGGAAAUAAUAGUUUAAUUUUUAAAUUAAAUAUUUUUUUUCAUAUGA